AUGGUGUUGCGACUUGGAAACAUUUACAAACCGAGACGUACUGGAUCAUUGCCAGAGAAACCGCGGGGUGCGCUUUCAUGGAAUAUUCAGUGCACAGGUGAGUGGUUUAUAGAUUAUAAGGCAUAUAACGAUGCAUUAGCCCUCUACGACAGAAGGGAAUUUAGCUCUGAAUUUGACCCCGACAAUGUUACAACUCUCUUUACUGCCAAGAAUCAUGAAAGAACAGCACUUGAAUCUUUUUCGACCAGAUUAAAACCGGCUCUGCAAAAGGGGAUAGCGAAAUUGGUAUACACGCAUAUGCGCACGAGCAAUUCUGUAAUAAGCCCUGAACAGCUGUUUUCCAUUGUUGAGAAUGAAUUUUUUAUUGGCGAAUUUGUCUGUCUAAAUGAGGACGAUCGACUGUUCAUAAUAAAGGCGAAAUCUAAAUUUGACGAAGUUACUGAUCCUGUGAAUGGAAAAGAGAUAUUCCCCAAAUACUUCCGAUAUUUGAUUACUAGUACUGAUACCGAAAAAAGGUAUAUUGUUGAUCAAUCACAGAUACACAGAACGCAAAAUGUAUUAACAUUAGAGCUGAUAACCAAUUUUUUGAGAUUGCUUGACUGUAGGGAAUCUUCGGAGCUACUGGACAUCGUUAAAAUAAAAAACUUUGAACUGUAUCGGUUGAUUUCUGACUGGCAUCUCAAAAGGGGUAUAAACGAUUUAUUGGAAAAUCGCUCUAAAACUCAGAAUAACAAACCACUAAACCAUCAAACAAGACGAACCAGUGAAAGCGACGCAACAAACCAUCAAAUACAAAACGGACAGCCUACUAAAUUCCCAAGGCUAUCUGAGACUGCUAGUUCAGCUUUAAAUAUGGCAGAGAUAAGUACCAUGGUGACCACCCCACUGUCAAUACAAAACGAUCUAUUAUUACCAUUCCAAGGUGCACUCGACAGAUUCAAAAAUACAUAUUACUUCAACGACAAGCUAGAGUACCUACCGUGCAUUGAUGAUACUUAUAAAGAAUCAAUCGCUGUGUCAAGGUUAUUAGAAAUUCACCAAUUUUGCACCACAUUUGGUCAGUUACUUCAAAUAUCUUCUAUUACUUUUGAUGACCUGGUCACAACACUGAAAUGUACGGAUCCAAUGGAACAAGUUGGUGAGAUCGUCAACAUUGUGAAGAAAUCUGAUGAAGUCCUAGAUACCGAAAGGAGUACCUGGAGAAGAAAUGUUAAAAUACGCUCAUUGAUCAACAGCUUAUCUAACCAAGAGCUAACUUACGAGAUACUCCCAAAUACAGAACCUUCUGAAAAAGAUUUAAAACUCAUGGAUUUUGCUGGGAGUGGUCUUUUUUGUGAAAUACUUUGUUCCUUACUGACCCUUGUUAUAGACGAAAAUGGAGAUUGGAGAUGCUUAAUCAUGGAGGAAUGGAUUGACAACAAGACUCUGGAAAUACCGGAGAUUGACGAACAGUUGGAUAAAAUAUUGAACUAUAAUGACGUUAAUUGGGCAGAAAGAUUGUCCAAGAGACAAUUUAAAAAUAAUUAUUGGAUCGUCUGCUUACUCGGGGUGUUACAAGACAGUAUGCAUAUAGCAAAAUAUAACGAGAUCGUUGCCAAUUUUACAAAGAAAAUUGUUCCAAAAGAAAUUAAGAAGGAUUUCACCAAACAGAUGUUUCUGCAAUUUUGUUGUGACUUGACGCUAGCAGAAAAAAUUGAUGUCCUCUGGGUUUUGGUAGAUAUUGUAAUCAACUUUUCUAUGGAUUUAAGGAAAUGGAUUGAUGAACUACCGAAGCUCUGCACAAAUAUUGAAUACGAAAUAAGCAGGCUCUCACACUUUCAGGCAAAAACAUUGUCCCGCAAAACACAAUCCAAGGCCGAGUUACUUCGAUUACAGAAAGAAAGCAAAUUAGAGGAGUCGUGGCAGACUGUAAAGAAAGACUUGGACCUUUUUGAAAGAAUGUUCACCACCAUGAAGCAGGACAAACUAUUUCUAUUUUCAAAACUUUCUGAAUAUUGUAAUACAAGAUCGCAGCCUUUGGGUAGGGAUAAAUUUGGAAACUGCUAUUAUUGGUUUGAAACUGUCUUUCCCGAAGAAAUGGGCACGGGUAGUUAUGAAAAACCACGACACUCGUCAGGAAGGUUAUGGGUAUGCGGUCCAGGUGACGAGGAAUCGGAGGUGCUACUGAAUGUGAAAAGAGAAAUUAAGCACAAAUGGAUUACAAUCGCUCGAAGCAAAGGUAAAGUGGCUGCCACUAAAGAAGUUUUCAAAAUUUACAGAACAGAUAAUGGUUCAUAUUUUACUUGUGACGGCGACUUGGAUAUUGAAGUCGUUAAUUGCAACGGAUUAGUAGCUCAGAAUUCUAUGCUGACAACAAUACAGGCAAAAAUUGUAGAUGAAACUCCUGAAAAAUUACUCUUGUCGAACAAGGAAUGGCUUUGCUUUGAUGGUGUUGCAAAUAUAAGACGACUGCUACAUAUCUUGAAUAAAUGGGGACAGAAGGAAAGCGUAUUACGUGCAAAUAUAGAGAAAAUAUUCUUACGGAUUACACAAGGCGUGGACAAGACCUAUAUCUUGUCGCACAAUCACUAUUAUGAUAAUGUUGAGCAGAAACUGCUCCAUGAAUUUGACAUGAACUGCCGUCACAAUGAUAUUGCAAAACUUACAGAAGAAAAGGGCAACAACCCCUUCGAUCUUCAUACUGAACCAGCGGUGUCACGUAGCGAAAUAGUGGAUUUGGCCAAACAAUUGUUAUCAGUGCGGAACAAUAAACAGACAAGAAAAAUAUUCCAUUUGCUGAAGAAGUGUGAAGAUAAGAGGGUGAAGUUGAUAGAAAGACAGAUGGAACUACUUUCCCGCAAAUCGCUGGGUUUGGGACCUAACAUAUACAUGGAGAAAACUCGUAGAUCCAAGAUUACAGACAUUAGUUUGAGGAGACAAAUGCAGAUUUUGACGGAUCUAUUGAACCACAGACAUUUCCGCGCAAUCAAAGAUGUCUCGCAGUGGAAAAACAGUUAUCCGACGGAUACUUCGGAUGUGCAUACUAGGCUGGUCACUAUCUUGCACAAUAUCAUCGCGAAAACAAAAUCUGACGGAUAUAUAAAGUACCUGUCAGGUGUUAUCGCCCGUGAGAAGACAGCGAUAGAAGCGGCAAAGCAAGCAGCACAGCAAGCAGCUCAGCAAGCAGCUCAGCAAGCAGUUCAGCAAGCAGCACAACGUCAAGCCGACACGGCCAAGGUAUUGAGAGUAGAAACGCCUCCAGCGUCAUCUUCAGCCUUGCCAGCGGCAUCGGAACAAUAA